AUGCUUCUUUUUCACCGUCUGUUCCACUGGACUCUUCGCAAAGGCGCAACACCAGAAGCAGAGAGAAACGCGAAGGAUGAGGAUGGGGCUUCUGCUGCAACUCUUUCUUUUUCAGGGGGUUUAUUUGAAUACAGGAAGGUCGGAACGGAGUUGGUUGGCCUUUGGAGGGAGUAUACUGCAAUGAACGAUGCUAUAAGCCAUCUGCUGCGCGACUACAACGUCGUUCUGAGGCAGGAGAAGCGAGUAGAGUUGGUAGGACUGAUGCAACAGGAGCACAAGGCAGCAGAAGCAGCCCUACGACAGCAGCAGGAGCAGCAGGAGAAGCAGCAGCUGUUGGGGGGUGCCCCUCGGCAGCCUGUUGUGCUGCCGCUGUUGCUGUACGGCGAGACAGCGCGUUUAAAAGAGUUAAAAAAGCAAAUGAGGAGAGCAGAUAAAAAAUUAGGAAAGAUACCGGACUACAGAAAACCCGAAAAAAACGCUAUGAUGAUUCGAGUAGGAACACCACCAGUCAACGUCGCGAAGGCGCUGGCUCGUCCUUCUGCUUCUUUAUUUCAUAAGACCCUCUACUCUUAUAAAAAGCACCUUCAUUCUAUGCAAGACAAAUAUCAGUCACUUUGUUCACUUCUAGAACAAAUCAAGUUUUCCCCAGACGCCCACGCCCGCAACACUUUAAUUCAGAAAACAGCGGAGUUAGCAAAUUUCUUCGAUUCGGCGGCCCCCAAUGCCCUCAGACUCCCAAACAGCAAAUAG